AUGAUGCCCACUCCAGUACCACCCUCUCCCUCUGAACUGGCGAUCCCCAAAGUACUCUUCAAAGGCAAACUGGUCUCCGGCAAGAAAUCCAACUCGCCCUUCUUCGUCCAUCAACGUCACAAACAGAGUCGCUCGAUCGACAACAUCUCCAACCCUCCAACAAUCACUACCACCUCUGUCUCUUCUUCUUCAUCAUCAUCAUCAUCAUCUUCGUCGUCGGAAAAACAGAAGAAAAUGAACUCUAACAAGAAGAAGAACAUCAAGACAAUCGACCAGCACUCCCAUUCGAUCCUCGCCAAAUCUGCCGCUCUCCUCGUCUCCGGAAUCAGAUACUCAAUCCUCAUCCUUCUCAUCAGCAUCUUACUUAGUCGGAUGAUCACCGAACAUUGGCUAUGGGGAUACGACGGAAAAUGGGCCAGACUGAGCCACUACUUCCCCGGUCCACAAGAAACCUUCACGCUCGAAAGAUUGGCGUUACAUGACGGAGUCCAAGACCCUUCCAAGCCGCUCCUCUUGGCCAUCGACGCCCGCGUCUUCGACGUCUCCGCCAACCCCGCCAUGUAUGGCCCCGGCGGCUCGUACCACCACUUCGUCGGCAAAGACGCCAGCAGAGCUUUCGUCACCGGUUGCUUCAAGUCCGGCCUUACUUUCGACCUGCGUGGUCUUAAUGAUCGUCAGAAAAAAUCUUUGGAUUAUUGGAUCAAUUUCUUUGAGAAUUCGCCCAAAUAUUCGAAAGUCGGCAGACUGAUUCUGCCUGACUUAGACGCUUCCAACACGCCGCUUCCGGUCGACUGCGAUCCGAAGCUCGAAGGCGGAGCGAUCUGAUCUAACUUCGUCUAUCUUUUGGGGGCUUCUCCCUCUAUUCAUCAUCCCACUUUUCUUUCAAAGAAAGAAAGAAAGGGGGAAGCUUUGUUUGUGUUUCUUUCGGUACUCCCCCCCCCCCCACCUUCCACCCAUUUUUUAUUUCAUU